AUGAACACACCACAUCUCGUAGUUCUGUCUUUCUUAUUUCUAUCGUUGGGGUCAGGUGAAGUUCAAAAGCAAAAGCGUGGUAGAAAGGUAAACGAUUAUGCUGACAAGUCACUGUGGAAAAAGGAGUACGAGGAAGAACUCACGGAUGCGAUUAUGUCAUCGAGGAAAAAGGACAACAUCACCAGGAUAGUGCAGUCUGCUUCAAUAUCAGACAAUGAGGUUGUCAUCGAUAAACUUAUGGAAACUAUAAGUUCUAGUGAAAAGUAUUUGAAGAAAGUAGAUAGCAUCGACUUUAGACUGAAUAGAUUAGACAUAGAAGUCCACGAGAAGACCAACAACAUCCUGAAGCAGAUAGGAGAAAUCAUGAAGGUCAUACGCACUGAGUAUCCUGAUAAGUUCGAAGCUUCACUGGAUGCACUGAAAAGUCAAUUGAAUCAAAUUAAAACGGAAGGGUCACCGUCAGCGGCAGCAGACGCGUUGGGCUUGAUCAAUGAAUUCCGGAGAACAUUGCAUGAACAAAAGUCGAAGAAGUGCGACUGCAAAACCGGGAGAUACGAACGCUCCGAACGAUACCCUACAGAUUGUCAAGAGAUUCAGAUGCAAGGAUUCAAUGCAUCAGGCAUAUACAAAAUUAAGCCAGAAGAUUUGGACCCCUUCUACGCCCUCUGUGAUCUGACCACAGCUGGGGGCGGCUGGACUGUAAUCCAAAACAGAUUCGAUGGUAGCCAAGAUUUCUACAAAAGCUGGUCUGACUAUAAACAUGGAUUUGGCAAUUUGGCAGGAGAAUUCUGGUUGGGACUAGAAAAACUUAACUAUUUAACUAAUCAGAAAUUGUAUGAGUUGAGAAUAGAAAUGGAAACCCAGCACGGCCAGGAAGCAUACGCUGCCUACUCAGUCUUCACAGUGGGUCCUGAACAUGAGGGUUACAGGAUCAGCACCCUUGGAACCUUUUAUGGCACUGCAGGGGAUUCUUUAGCGUACCAUGCAGGUCAAAAAUUUUCGACUUUCGAUAUAGACAAUGACGAAUGGAAAGAUGGCGCUUGCGCAACUGAACACGGUGGUGCAUGGUGGUACAAGCAAUGCGACAAAAGUAACCUCAACGGCAAAUACUUAACGUCAGCAGAAGAUCAUAGAAGUCAAUCAAUUUAUUGGAUUUCGUUUAAAGGUCCCAACUCGCCAUUAUCUAAGACUAGGAUGAUGAUUAGACCACUACCGGCCAGCAAGCCUAAAAAUGUAGAAAGUAAUAAACUAAGAGGACAUCACCACUCUUCUGCUAACACAAGAUCGAGGGACAUGAAGCCAGCAUAUGAGCCCAGCCGAUCACCGUACCGGUAUGAAGAACCAACACACGCAGAUGCUUUCUUCCCCAACUACGCCUGAACUACCUACAAAACGAUCAAUGACAAUACGAGACUCCACCCUCUAGCAAUACUGACAUAACAAAAAUCUAAGGUAAUUGCAAUAAAUGAUUAAAAAGUUCAACUAAACAUUAGAGGUGGAAACACAAC